AACGAUCGGUAAAACAAUCGUGUGGUGAAUGGCAUCUUCGCGAUGGAUGCAUGUUUUCACAUGCUUGAUAUAAGUCUAGGCUACUACCUGAUCGAGGGUGUAUCCGUUGGACAAUCGAAAUGCCUUUAGCUUAGCUCAGACCAAGGUAUCUCGAGCUCUGGUAUGUAACUGAAAGAGUUCACUCAUGCCAUAGGGGUAUAGAAGCCGAAGAAGCCAAAGGGCAUAUCGUUGAAAUGCUUCUGGGAUCUCAUGUAGCGGCCGUGAAACUGUGGCCUGUUACUGGGAUGUUCAUCAUGACCGGACAUGCUUCGGCAUCAGAUCCGUCUUCAGAAAUAAUCCGAAAGCAGCAUUCUGCAUCAUUAUUCCUUGACAUCGGUUUCUGCACCCGUAAAACUCCAUCGCCCACUAUUCGGGAACCAAACCCGAGCCUCAUCGGAGUCAAAACACUAUCCUAUAUCAGCAUCGCUAUGAACAUACCAAACCAGACCUGUGUGGUAUUUUUGCUUCUCGCAACGGUGUCCAGCAUAUUUCCUGUAUGGCAAAAUGCUGAGUGGAGGAAGUUAACGGAUGCUUAUCCGAUUGAAGGCUGUGAAACCCUUGACCUCUCCGUUCAACCAUAUUCUUGAUGCGCGGUUUCCAUGUCCGUUACGUUAUGACCUAAUAGCUUACGCUUGGUCUCGACGUUUUCGACGGCAAAAUCCUUACCCCAUAUGAAGUUCGCCUCACUU